GCCGCAUCUGGUUAGCUUUGUUGCUAUAAAAAUGUCUUCUAAUUUAUCCGUGAGGUAUAAUCUCGAAUCACUUCUAAAUAAAUAAUGCAUUCGGAAGGAUUUCUAAGCAGAUCCGAGAACUUGGAGUUGAGAGCGAGCAUGGCCAUAAGACUAGCACUCGCUUCCGUCGUCGAAAUUAUGCAAGAUACCGACAUUAUGUUUACUUUUGUUUGAACUUGGGUCAACUAGAAUUGUCCAGUCCUUUUGACAAACUCAGCCCAUCGGUCAAAUGUCCCACCCUCUAACGCACUCUUUCGUGCAUCAGGAAUCUUGCCCAUCUGCGGGUCACCUAACACUGGCGCGUAGCAUCACCAACUGUCGCCGUCGAUAUCCUUUUUCAGGAGCUGCCGCACCACUGCAGUUAGACCGUCUCGAGGAAAGAAGGAUUCUCUUUGCGUCUGCAGUAACCAUCUGUCUAGAUUGCGACAACAUCUUGUAGGCAUCGCCAGAGCGAUUCAACUCAACUGGGCGUUCGUGUCUACUCGACAGGUUGACGCAAUAGCGUGGCGUUAGCUUCUCUCAGGCGACCCAAGUGACUGAAAGAAUUGUGUGGUGCCAAUAGUCUGUUAGAGGACUAAUAUAGCUGUCAUUGAGAGCACUAUCGGAGCUCACUAUGGCAACAGUUCUGGUGCUCGGCUCCGGGGGACGGGAACAUGCUCUCGCAUGGAAGCUGGGCGACUCACCAAAGGUGAAACGGGUGCUAGUGGCUCCCGGAAAUGCAGGAACGGCCACAGAAAACAAGUGCACAAAUGUAAACGAUUUGAAGAUCUCUGACAAUGCAGCCGUUGCGGACUUCUGCAAAAAAGAAAAGGUCGACCUUGUUGUCGUAGGCCCAGAGGAUCCUUUGGCUAACGGUGUAGCUGAUGUCCUAAGCGCUGCUGGAAUCAAAUGUUUUGGUUGUUCGAAAGCUGCCGCGCAAAUCGAAGCGUCGAAGGCCUUUUCCAAAGACUUCAUGAUCAAACACAAUAUUUCCACAGCAAAAUACAAACAUUUUACGGAUUCCGAAGCAGCUAAAAGAUUCAUUCUUACGGCCGAUUUCAACGCUCUCGUGGUUAAGGCAUCGGGAUUAGCUGCCGGUAAAGGCGUAAUCGUUGCAGCUAACAAGACUGAGGCUGUAGCUGCAGUAGACAAAAUUAAAGCCUCGAUGGGUCACGCCGGCGAUACGAUUGUGGUUGAAGAACUUCUCUGUGGAAAUGAGGUGUCUGUGAUGGCUUUUUCAGAUGGAAAAAAUGUGUACUGCAUGCCACCAGCGCAGGACCACAAGCGCUUGGAGGACAACGAUAAAGGUCCUAAUACAGGCGGUAUGGGAGCGUACUGCCCAUGUCCUCUGAUUGACAAUCAGAUCAUGAAGCGAAUUGAAAGUGAGGUUAUUCAGAGAACUAUUGAUGGUCUUCGAAGUGCAGGCACUCCGUUCGUAGGUUGUCUUUUUGCCGGACUCAUGAUAACUAAACAUAAGGAGAUCAAGGUGCUUGAAUUUAAUUGUCGCUUCGGUGACCCCGAGACGGAAUCGGUUCUUCCCCUGAUAACUUCCGAUCUGUAUGACACAUUGCUGGCUUGCAUUGAUGGUUGUCUACCUGAAGCGCAUCCCACGUGGAAAGAGAACACGUACGCUUGUGGCAUUGUGCUGGUAUCUGGCGGAUAUCCUGGAGCCUAUUCAAAAGGCAAAAAGAUUACUGGUCUUGAAAGCUUAGCAGGACAUGAUGUAAAAGUUCUGCAUGCGGGAACGUCCAUUGAUGCCAACGGUGACCUCGUCACGUCCGGUGGCCGAGUCAUGAUUUGUCUGGCGCAACACAGUGACCUGCGAACAGCCAAAUAUCUUGCUCAGCUUGGCGCUGAGUUCGUUCAUUUCGAAAACCGUUACUACCGGCGAGAUAUUGCGUACCGAGGAAUAAGUGUCGCUUGUCCCAAGGAUCCGCUCACGUAUUGUAUGUCAGGCGUGGACAUUGCGGCAGGCGACCGACUCGUCCGGAGCAUAAAGUCUCUCACGGACUCUACCAAACGCGCGGGUGUUAUAGGCUCAAUCGGUGGUUUUGGAGGUCUCUUUGAUCUUAAAGCGGCUGGGUACAAUAAUCCUAUCCUGGUAUCCGGAACAGACGGGGUUGGUACAAAGUUAAAAGUUGCGCAAGCGGUCAAUGUGCAUGACACGAUCGGUAUUGAUCUUGUCGCGAUGUGCGUGAACGACAUCCUGGUGCAGGGAGCGGAACCUCUUUUUUUCCUGGACUAUUUCGCCUGCGGCCAUCUUGACCUUGUUGCAGCUAAGGAGGUAAUCGCUGGUAUUGCUGAAGGAUGCCGUCAAAGCGGAUGUGCUUUGAUCGGUGGUGAAACAGCAGAAAUGCCGGGUAUGUACUCUCCAGGAGUCUAUGACCUCGCUGGCUUUUCCGUCGGAGCCGUCGAUCAAGAAAAGAUGCUUCCGCGGGAGGGCGAUAUCAACGAUGGCGAUAUUGUGCUGGGCUUCAGUUCAUCAGGAAUGCACUCGAACGGUUAUGCCCUCGUUCGUAAAGUUGUCAAAAGAUGUGGACUCAGUUAUUCAGAUCCAGCCCCAUUCGAUGACUCCAGAACUCUCGGAGAGGUGCUCUUGACUCCUACGCGAAUUUACGUCAAGCUCCUUCUCAGUGUCAUUAGAUCCGGGAAGAUAAAAGCCCUGGCGCACAUCACUGGGGGGGGCAUUAUGGAGAACAUUCCUAGGAUGCUCACUAAAAAUUUCGGAGUCUUCCUCGAUGCUGCCGAGUGGUGUGUUCCUCCUGUGUUCAACUGGCUGCAAUCGGAGGGAGCGAUCGCGACCGAGGAAAUGCUAAGAACAUUUAAUUGUGGGCUUGGAAUGGUCGCUAUUGUUGCACCCGAGAACGUUCAAGCCGUACUGGACGAAACCGAUAGAGAAGCUCGUGUGAUUGGCAAGGUUCUUGCCAUCAAGGAAGGAUCACCACAAGUUAAUGUUAGAAACUUUGACGGAUCGAUCAAUCGAUCAUCUCUCGAACCAAAACCGCCUAAGCGGAAGUUCGCCGUUUUGAUCUCGGGAACUGGAACCAAUCUCCAGGCUCUAAUUAACCACGUCAAGAACAAAGAACGCCAAUCGGCCGCCGAGAUCGUUCUAGUUAUCUCAAACGUUGAUGGCGUUGAAGGACUGGAUCGGGCACAUCGUGCCGGCAUUCCGACCAAGGUGAUCUCACAUAAACUCUACAAGUCACGGGAGGAAUUCGACAAUAAAGUCCAUGAGGCGCUGGUAGCGGCCGGCGCCGAAUACAUUUGCCUUGCCGGCUUCAUGAGGAUUGUCACGAGCGAGUUUAUACAGAAAUGGUACGGAAGGAUUGUUAACAUACAUCCUUCGCUAUUGCCCUCAUUUAAGGGACCUAAUGCCCAUAAACUGGUAAUUGAGAGUGGAGUACGGGUCACUGGUUGCACGGUACAUUUUGUAGCACCUGAAAUCGACGCAGGCGCUAUCAUCCUUCAGGCUCCAGUUCCCGUCGAAGUGGACGAUACUGUUGAGACGCUUAGAGAACGUGUGAAAAAGGCAGAGCACCGAAUCUUCCCUGAGGCCAUGGAAUUGCUCGCUCGUGGAAAGAUCAUACUUAGGCCCGACGGAAAGAUCGCCCACAAACACUAACGUAUUUGUCCCACAAACUCGAAAGGGCUCGACCAAAUGAAGAUGCGCGAUAUGGUAGAAAAGAAAAACCUAGCUACAGUAUCAUUACCCACAUUUAUUUUUGUUGCUGUCUAUUUGUAUGAGCUCUUUGGCCCGUUGCACAGGAUGAAAAAAUAGCGCAGUAUUCAAGGAGGCACGGAUGGGAGUGCGACCGACACGCGAAAGAGGGAAUCCGCUGAGAUCCCGCCAUGGGUGAAAACAGCCGACAGGUCACACUUCAUAAUUUCGAAAAUAGCGCUCAUUGCCGUUGCUUCUUAUUCACGUACGUCAAAACGUAUUGCAACUAUCGUUACAUGCGUCAAAACUACAUCAUGUAGCCUAACGACUAGCAGUGUCAAACAUCACCACACCACUGCCUACUUAGACAACAUUACAUUUAGCGAGCAAAAGGAAAAUCAUCGAGGGCUCGUUGCACUACGACUUUACUUUCUCUAGAUAUAAUAGGUUAAGAGGUAUACCCGAAAAACUGGUCUUUUGUUCUCAACGUCAUUUUCUAAAAAUAAAUUAUAGCUUCAGGUUGUA